AAACAAACACAAAAGACAACACACGACACGUCUAGCCUUGAAAUUGAAAAGCGUGUAUUAUUUUAUUAUCUUCAUUAUUUUCAUGUUUUCAAUUUCGUAAUUAUUUGUUACAAAUUUAAAUACUUUUAUAAAAUUAUUUGGCUAAUCCUUUCUGUUCAAUCUGUGAUACACGAAUAAUUAAAAUGCCUCCACAAGUGCCUAAAUUUAUCAACAAAGAUGAAGAAAUAGAAUACUGGCGAAAUCGGUCCUGCGACAUUGAAAAAGAGUUCGAUGAAUUGCAAGAGAGUUCGAAACAGUAUGAAAAAGAAUUGGAAGCUAGUAUUUUUGAAACAGAACGAGAAAAUAAAAAUUUGAGAAACUAUUUUUCAUCUUUGAAACUGGAUUUUGAAAUAUUCAAGGAAAAAGCUGAAAAACAGGAGUACGAACAAACAACGAAAUUGGAAAAGCUGGAAAGCAAACGAAGUCAGCUAGAGACUAAUAAUGUGAAUCACUUAUCAUACAUCCGUCAACUGGAGCAAAAAAAUGACGAUCUCGACCGUUCACAAAGGGUAUUGCAUGAAUCCUUGAAAGAGAUCGAAACAAGACUCAAUUCCACUAUAGAAAGGAAUGCGCUUUUAGAAUCAGAAAAAGAUCAGCUAGAAAAAGAGAAAGAACAGCUAGAAAGUCAUGUCCAAAGACUCAAAGAUGAAGUGAGAGAUCUGAAGCAAGACAUCAACCAUAGAUCACGAGAACCAAGCUGCAAUGAAGAGGUAAUGAACUCGUGUAGCCGAAAGUCGAGCCUGAAAAGUAUUGAUUCUAGUAAAUCACUCACACAAAUGACUCCGUUGCGCACCGCGGCUGAAACGCAAACGCUAUUUAUGAUUCGUCACAUGUCUACUAGAUCUACGCCUGUCGAGUUCGCUGAGAUUUUGCUAAGAAAAAUUGAAGAAACUGAAGCAAAGUUGAAAGCAUGCAGCCUUAUUAAACGCAUCAAUAAAAAGUUACAAUGAUAUCGGAAAUUUAUGAAAUUUUCCAUCAUCUAUACUGUGAUUAAGAAAUACUACUUCACCCGUGAGACUGAAAUAUGUCCAAUCGAGAAUAUUGUUAAGUUUUAUAGAAUUUAUUUAGAAGCUAAUUUUGUAAGUUAUGUAAGGUUUUUGUAAGUUAUUCAGGUACAGUAUUUUAAAACAUGUUUUGUAAUUUUUGUGCGAUACAAUAAGAUCAUUAUUGUAUUAUUAGAUGUAUUGUGAUAUUUGAAUUUGUAUAAAACUACCUACCUUCUUUGCAAACAAAAAAUAUUUUUUAUUGUUUCAAUUCGCUAAUUUUAAUCAUAACAAUUUGUUUGUAGUGUGAUAAACUAUUUAAGAGAAUGAAGAUGUGCCAUACUUUUGAGAAAUGCCAUUAUAAUAGAAAUGUUUUUUAGUAAACCCAUUUAUUAUUUUUUCAAUUCUAAACAUAAUUCUGGUUUAUUGAAUAUGGCUUUAUAGUAGAAAAUAUUUUGUAUUAUUCUCUCAUUCAAAUAAGAAUUCAUUUCUAUGUCAACUUGAGCUCAAUUAUUUAGUAGGUCGCUGUUAGACUUGAUUGAUUUUCCAUUUUUGAUCAUGGCGAGAUAAUAAUAGAAACGUUAUUCUCUACACUUAGCAUCAUCGUAGUUGAGUGAUUAAUAUUAUCAGUGGAAUUUUAAGCGGAAUAUUAUUGGUGGAGCUUUAUAAUCAAUGUUUUGAAACUCAUUUUUUGAAGAGUUAUAAAUAUUUAUUGUGUUAUAUGUUAUAAAUGAGAGCUUAUUGAAAUGUUAUUGUAUGUAAUUCUUUUCUUUUUUUAAUGAAAUAUAUUUUAUUAAAUGCG